AUGGAGAUGUCUGCGUCGGUGACGGGUCUUCCCAACUUAUUCCAAACUUUCCUCUGCGCCAGCGACGACGAAGGGGACAAUGAAAAAUCCGCCGCCGAGAAGUCUGCAAUUCCUCCGGAGGAUAAAACUACUUCCGAGCAGGAAGCCGUGGUUGACGGGACCGGGACCUCGACCCAAGCUGCCCAGAUCGAGGGCGACAAAACGGUUCAUGCUUCUCCCUUCCGCGAGGUGAUAGGCACCGGGGGUUCGACGUCUACCCCUGAUGUCGAUGAUGGUGUGGAAGAGGUCCCUAACCCUAAGAGGAAAAGGAAGAUGUCCUCCAGUCCCGAGGGGGUCCUUACCGUCAUGGAGAGGAAUUUUGAUGCUGGGAACUUUAUAGAUUCCCAGCUGAUCCCUGGUACUGAGGAGUAUUUCCACGAGUCUUCCCUUGCCGGGCAGGCGAGGUGGAUGUAUCGUACCCUUCUGCGGGGCGCCGUGAUAGCCCGGAAGGCCGAGUUUGAGCUGUCCGGGAUGGAGUCCCUCCGCAGAAGGUUGGAAUCUAGUGGGAAGGCUAACAAUGAACUGAAGAGUGAAGUCGAGACUCUCCGGGAGCAGUUGACCCAAUUGAAUGAAAAACUUGACGCCGCUGAGAAAAAGGCCACUGCUGCCGAGAAGAAAACCGCCACUGCUGAGAAGAAGUUAAAAGACUCGGACGCCACGGUUUCUCGCCUUGUCGAACGUGAGAUGACUUUGGAGAGCCAGGUCGGCGCAGCGCAAAAACGGGUGGCCGAGAUGGAGAAGGAGAAGCAGGCCGUGGAGGCCGAAUUGGCAACGUGGAAGGCCAAGUACAAAGAUGUCGUGAAGCAGGGGAAGGGUGCGAUCUUGGCGACUGAGGAGGCUCUUAAGGCUCAGGUCAAAGUUAUUGCUCCCGAGUUUGAUACGUCGGCGAUUGGUGUUCUCAAAGUCAUUCAGGAUGGCAAAGUUGUCGACGUCCCCAAGAAAUGA